UUCAAAACAUUGUAUAUGAAAAGUCCUUUAAACAAACGCAUGCUCAAUGUUGUCAAUAAAAUCAAGAUUGGAACACAACAAUUGCCAAUGAAGCUUCAGUUUCCACAUCAAAUAUACUGAACGAAGGAAAAAAUAAUGUCGUUUCCUCCAUCCUUACCACCAAACAAUCCAUUAUUUCCACCGGGUUAUCCACAGCCAAAUGUUCCACCAUUGCCACGAUUUCCUAUUCCAAUGGCCGGUCUAGCUCCACCAUUGGUACCGUUGCCAAUGGGUGUGACUGUUCCAGCCGGUGUAACAUCGAUAUCGGCACCACCCGUAAGAAAACAGAAUGCUGCUGUUAUUGCUGCACCUCCUGUCAUCGCCAUGAAUCCUCCCCAACCAACAAUGAUUUAUGCUCAAACUAAUCCAUUAAUGCCCAAAUUAUCAACAGCACCUGCUGCUGUAUCAACUCUUCCUGAUUCGAAUAAAAAAUUGGCCAUAACUACCGUUUUUGUCGGAAAUAUCACAGAUCGAGCUUCGGAUAUGUUGAUUAGACAGCUUCUUUCGAAAUGUGGUUCUGUCCAUAAUUGGAAACGCAUUCAAGGACCUGAUGGCAAACUACAAGCUUUUGGUUUUUGUGACUAUGCUGAUCCUGAGUCAGCUAUGCGUGCUAUUCGAUUGUUACAUGAAUUUACCAUUUCUGAUAAAAAAUUAAUUGUCAAAGCUGAUGCAAAAACACAAGAAAAAUUAGAUGAAUAUAAUAAGAAUAUGAAAUCCGGUGAUAGUGACAAAAAUGAUCUGGAUGAGGAGGAUAAAAUAAUAAAAGGACAAUUAGUGUACGUAUUACGAGAACAUGAAAUUGAACUUUCAAAAGAACCGGAUAACAAAGAGAAAAAAAAUCGACACAAUAAAGACAAGGAUCCCAAAAAUGAGAAUCUAUCCGAUAUGGAUAUAGAAGAUGAUAAACGUAAUCUGAUACAUAGAGAAAUUGACAAAUUCCGUGAUACGUAUAAAAAAUAUGAUGAAGAGAAGGAAGAGGAAAAGCGAAAAAAAGAGGAAGAACGUACCAGACGUAGCGACCGUCGUGGUGAUGGUAAAAAAAGAUCUCGAUCGCGAGAUCGCGAUGGUGAUAGCCGCAGUAGACGGAAAGGUGGAUCAUCCAAAGAUGACCGUGAUCGAAGAAAUCGUGAUCGUCGUUCAUCAUCAUACGAAAUGGAAACUCUUGAACGGGAUCGUUCGGAAUCACCAAUGGAUGAAGAAGAAUUGUUACUCAGACGUCGAAGGCAAGAACAAAACCGAGAAAAAGAGAUAUCAUAUCAACGACGAUUACGUGACUGGGAAAAUAGAGAGAAAAGAAAAGCACGAGAAUAUGAACGUGAACGUCAAAAAGAAUUACGACGUAAAAAAGAAGAGGAAAUUGAGAAGCAAAAAUUGAAACAAUUUCUACAAGAUUAUGAUGAUUCUAAACAUGAUGAAAAGUAUUAUAGCGGCAAAGCACUACUUCAACGACAAAUUGAAAGACGGAAAGAAAUAGAACAAGAUGAAUAUGAACGAUCGCAAGAACGAAAAGAAUUGGAAGAAUUGAGAAAAAAAUUAAAUCAAGAAGGACAUCCAGAUCCGGAAUCAGAAGUACGGAAACGAUUUCAUGUGGGCGAUAGUUGUAAUGAAUUUGAUCAACUCAGUUCAUUGAUGGAUGAAGUUCAAUCAAAAAGCUUGUUGACUGGUGAUGAUGAUAGUCAAGGUUCGGUGUCGAACACUGUCGGUGGACAAUCAGUCAAAACCUUUGGUUUUGCCGGUAUGAAAAUAUCAACUGGGCAAAAUCUUGACGUUGCUACCAAUGGUUCCACUCAUUCAGACACUGCCAUUAUAAGCUCAGAUCGGUUAGCUUCAAUAUCGGUGCAACAAAGCAUCAAACAUCAACAAGGAUCAUCAUCGCAUUUAUCCAAAUCAAUGAUUGAUACACACAAACGAAAAAAGAUGACCGUAUCUGAUGUGUUCAAUUCAAACGACGACGAUGACAUUAAUUCAUUAGCGAAAAAACGUCGGCUCCCACCUAAUGCCUUGUUUGAGGAUAGCAAUACAGACAGCAAUCUUAGCACAACAAGCAAUACUAAACAACAAAUGUCGGCGACGACAAAUUCUUCAUCACAGAUGACUCAAGAAGAAAAAAAGAUGCAGAUCAAAAAUCUGAUUGAUAAAAUUCCUACAUCGAAAAGUGAAUUAUUUAGCUAUGUACUUGAUUGGGAUCUUCUAGAUAAUAAUCUAAUGGAACGAAGAAUUCGACCAUGGAUAAGCAAAAAAAUCAAAGAUUACAUUGGUGAAGAGGAGGCGACAUUUUUGGAUUUUAUCUGCCAAAAAUUAUUGGCCAAAGCUGAAGCUCAAAGUCUAUUGGAUGAUGUGGCCAUGGUUUUAGAUGAUGAAGCACAGGUAUUCGUUGUGAAAUUAUGGCGAUUAUUAAUCUACGAAAUUGAAGCUAAAAAACUUGGUUUGAAUAAAUAUUGAUGACGAUGAAAUAUUGACGGUCCAAAUUGAUGUUCCAAAAUUUGUGGGAUCUCUUUGAAUUUUAUUGAUUAUAAUGUAUACAAACCCAUUUUAUCAUGUUUUUUUUUUGUA